AUGACCUACAGUUUGCGUGAGAAACGUUCAAUCGUGGUUGCUGCAAAUGAAUUGAAAGUCAAUGAUUACCUCUUGAUGGCUGAAUCCAGCUCUCAAAAUCUGAUUCCUGUACCUAUUACAUCAAUUGAACUUCUUUACAAAACUGGUUUCAUCACUCCCAUGACAUACACAGGCACAUUAUUGGUCAAUGGUAUUGUAACUUCAUGUUAUGUGAAACGCCACAAUACAUACAAUGAAAUGCACACAAUAUUUUAUCCAUUUCGAUUGUACUAUUAUCUGAUGAAAGAUAUCUUUCGUCUGACUGAUGAACCAUUUCCGGUUGGAAUGCAAGUGAAAAGUGUUGUCAAAGAAGAUGAAUUUUAUGGGCACGUACUUGUUAGAAGUAUACAUCAAUCAAAAGCGAUGGUAAAAUAUAUUGUGCAGGACUUAGUACUCCAUACACUUUUGAAUAUUUGAGAAAAAAACAAUUGUUAGACUUAAGCUGGACACGACACUUUUGAAGCGAUAUUUGCCUCUUGCCUUAUCUCUUUUUUUGCUUUUCACCAAAAUAAAUCUAUUUAAUCACAAGUAGGGUGUAUCGAACAUCGAUACACUUGAUCCUAGACUGAUAAAAUUUAAAUAUUUAGUACAUGCACGUCUCUCGGUAUGAACAUGCUUAACACAAGGUGCUGGAUAAGAAUAGAGAUAACUCAACAUGUAACUAUCAACUGUGUCACAAAGCCAAUUUUUUCGUAUUAUAAAAAUUGAGUUGUAUUUUUAUAAAGAAGAUCGAUCCCUUAUAUAUCAUAUAUUUUUUCAUAAUACUGAUGAAAUUUAUUUUCUAUUUUAAAUAAUGAUUAACGACAGUGAAUGAAUUAUUUUUUUGUUGCU